AUGAAUAAAUACGUUAGAUACACUUACAUACUUUUAAUAAUCAUCUUAAUUGGAUCUGUCAAGUCUUCCGAUAAACAGCCAUCCCUAGUAUCUGAUGACUCUACAGAUGACUCUGAUGAUAACAACUUUGACACAGUUGUAAGAGAAUUGGAAAGUCUAAUUGAAGAUCAUCAAGCACCUGGUGAUACUGUAGUUUCUGAUAAUCUUUUGCAACAUGGACUUGGACAGAUUACUAGUCAUGGAUACAUAGAACAGCCUACUGAUGAUCAUACUCCUCCAGAGCAUCAACGUCCAGAUGAAUCUCCAGCUACUCAUUAUAAGCCUACUCCACAGGAUGGAAAAUAUUAUUUAAUAGAACCUCAGCCUGGUAAAGAUGGAAAAUAUAGAUUAGUUCCAAUUACUCAUCUGGAAUAUAUACCAGCUCAUCCAGAAGCACAGCCUGAGGAUACUGAACCUGUGCCUGAGGAACUAGAAUCUGAAUCAGAAUCUCCUGAAGAAGAAGAUAAUUUUGAGGUAAUUGUAAGAGGAGUUGAAAAUAUAGUUGAUGAGGAACAUCAGAGUCCUCCAGCAAUUGAGUAUAAAAAGGUAGAUUGGUCAGCUGGUGUUCAAACAGGAAGUCGAAAACCUUAUGAAUUACCAGCAAUAAUGUUUAUAGGCCUAAACAAUGAUGAUGAAUUGGUUCCAAUGACUACGAGCUGUUACAAAAUAAUAUCCUUUAACUUUUAUCUAGUCAAGUUUAAAUUUGGAUGUCGUUGUGUUGAGAUACUUUGCAAUGGUAAAAGAGUAUGGUCUCAUAGACCAGGAACGUCAUAUCCUAGGACACUAAUUUACAAUAGAAAGGAAGGUAAAUUCAUGGUCAAUUUUAAUAACAGAAUUGUAUCGUGUAGUUUGAAAGAUGGACGAUGGACUGAAAAGGUUAUUUAUAGACCUAAGGAGUUAAGACUAUUUACAAAAACUCCAGAAGGUCUUUAUUGUAAACUAACUCACAACAAAUAUAAUUUUCAUUUUACAGCAUUUGGUUCAUUUAAAUAUGUUUUCAAUCAAGGACUAACAUGUGACAUGAUUCAAAUUAAUGACGAAAUCGUAUGGCAAAGAGAAGAAAAUGGUCCUAUUGUCCUUAAAAUGAGCUAUUUCGGUCCAAAAUAUUUGAGAAUUUAUUUUGAAAAAUUUACUAUGGAAAUUCAAAAUUUCGAAGGAGAAUAUAAAAUUAAAACAUUCCCUAAUGAUAAGUAA